CCAAGCUCGUCUAUCUGCAUUCGUCAUGCAGUACCAGACCCCGCAGGGCUAUGUUCCAGGGCAGUUCCCGCCCCCACAGCAGUACCAGCACAACCCUCACGACCAGAUCCAUUACCAGCAACCUCACUCUCGUCACGAUCCACAUCCCUCGUACCCACCGCAGCAGCAGCCAUCGUCGCUUCCCACGCUCGACCCACAGCAACAACAUCAGCAGUAUCAACAAGCGUCGCACGAAGUUCAGCGCCAAUUCCAACAGGCUGUCAGUCAGCAUCGGUCGAUGCUCCAACAACAUCCCCACCAACAGCACAUGCUGCAGCAGCACCAUCAAAUGGUCGUCCAUCAGCAGCAGCAGCAGCCUUCGUUGACACCUCAACCGCAGCCACAACCACAACUUCAGCUGCUUCAGCAACAGCCAGCCCCGCAUCUCAACCCACCACCACAGCAGCAGCCUCCUCCACAGACCCCCAGCGUCGAGUUGUCGUACCCGCCACAACCACCUCCAUCUCUCCAGCCCCACGACAAUUCCUUGUCUCCUGACUCGUCCUCUCAACAAAUCCAACCCCUUCUCGACGACGCAGUUCACCGGUUGAACGCCCGCGUGGCGCAGCUGGAAGCGCAAUUCGGCUUGCCUUCGAACCACUCGUCGUCAUCGCAUGCCCCGCCGCCAUUGACGUCCCUCCCGCCGCCCCAAGCCUCUGCCGCCGCGACCUCGUCCUCUGCCCCCAUUGCGCACGGAUUCGUGGCGUAUGAUGUGUUUUCCACGGCCUUCUUGCAACCGUUCCUCGAAUCCUGCGAUAAACUCGGGCCGGACGUGGCCAAGUACGGCGCCAUCGUCCGGCGCGCGUUCGACGCGCAGCGCAACUACCUCCUCGCCGCUAGUUUAUCUCAGAAACCGACCACGGGGCCCGUAAAAGGGCUCUUGGCGCCCAUCCAGGACGCGAUCCGGGAAAUGCACGACCUGUGCGACCUCCGCAGCGACUUUGCCAACCACCAGCACAUGCUUUACGAAGGGCUGCAGACGCUCGAGUGGCUCCACGUGGACGGCGCGGCGCCGCAUGCGUUCAUGGCGCGGUACAUGGGCGACGUGUGGGGCACCAAGAUCCGCGCGCAGUACAAGGCGUCCAACGCCGACCAAGUCCGGUUUGCGGCGUCGUUCAAGGCGCUUGUGACCGAACUCAUGGCUUACGUCGAGGACUUUCAUCCGUCGGGAGUGACAUGGAACCCCGACGGUGGCGACGUCAAGGACUUCUUGAAACCGCCGUCCAAGCGCACCAAGGCCAAGAUCACACUGAUCCGGACGCUACUCGGGCGAGAACCGGUCAAGCGCAACUUAAAUUAUAGCCGCCAAGGCACCGACGAGCACGACAACCUGACGAAAGCUCUGGCCGAGUGGCGGGCUGACGGCGAGCCCGUCGACAAGUUGAGCUAUCGCAAAAAGUAUGGCGUCCCAAAGCUCAUUUGGAACACGCGGACGAACGCGAACGUCAACCGCCGCGUCAGCCUCUACGCGUCCCCGGGUAUCACCGCGGUGCGGAUGGAGCAAGAGGAGGCGCUCGUGGCGAAGCUCAAGGCGCAGUGCCACGACAACAACAUCCGGUGGACGGCAAAAGAUGUCCAGCAGUACGCGGUGCGGGACAUGGGUGUGUCGCAAAUCUCGGUGCGGCAGUGGUACUCACAGCACUUUUUGAAGCGGUGGCCAGAAGCCAAGGGCUUUAUCAUGCGAUACAAAGAAGCCCACGGACGGGAGACGUUGACGUCGACGAUGCUCUGACGAUGACCGUACUAUGUAGACGUGUCGUCGCUACAUUGAGGGCGUUGUAAAUAGAUGGAAGUGCAAGUUGUAUUGUGGGACUUGUGAAUAUAUGUUUAGGACUAGUAGUAAAGUAAGGAUGGGGAUGUUAAGGCUGUG